AUGCCACCUGGCGGCCCGGCUGCCCCGCCAAAACCCACCCAUCCACCAAAACCUAGCCCGCCCGAAAAGCCACCAAAACCCGAAACUCCGGCUUAUCCGCCGGGAAAGCCACCGAAGCCCGGAACUCCGGCGAAGCCGCCGAAGCCGGCGUAUCCACCCCACUCGGCGCCGCCGCCGGGGUCGCCGGAAUAUCCACCAUACCCAUACCCUCACUAUCCGCCGAUAUCCCCAUCAGUCCCCGGCGUCCCCAACACUCCGCUCACUCCGUUCCCGCCUCCCAGCGUGCUGACGCCUCCCGGUGGCGGCGGCGGAGGGCACGACCACACCACCAUCAUCGCCGUGUGCGUCUCCCUCGGCGGCGCCUUCUUCCUCGCCUUCCUCGCGGUGGGGCUCUUCUGCUUGGCCAAGAAGAAGAAGAAGCCGGUCAUGGUUCCCGCGGCGCACCCGCACGGAGGGGAGGGCGGCGGCCCACACGGCGGCGGCGGCGCGGCGCAUGGAGGCGGGCAUGAUUACAGUUAA